UGUAGGGUAAGUUACUUUCACAAAUACUAACACAAUGCCUCAUCCUAAUGGCUCACAAAACAAGGAGUAUAAUGCCUCGAAGUAAAUUCUGUUGUGUAUCAAUAGAACUGACAUAUAUAUAAGCAAGCGCUAAACUAAAAUCUAACACCUUUGAUUUAUUUAUUUUUUCUUGUUAACUAAAUGAAAAUAUUUAAUAAAAAACUUUCUAAUAAUUCUUAUGACACUUCACUUAGAAAUGUACAUAUUUGAAAAAAAAAUAAAUUUUUAGUGUGUAUGGGGAAAAUGGAUUCGACGGUUUUGAUGAGUAAACCCUGGGUUAUGAUCUCAUCCACACCAUAGCUAUAUGCAUGCAAUAGGAAUGGGAUUUUAGAAUCUUCGCAUUGCAUGUUGGUAAUUCUAUAUGUGUAAAUGACAUAUUUGGCUUUGACCAAGAUUGAUAAGAUAUAUAUUGUCACAUCUCUUUAUUUAAUUUCCAUUAUUGAGAAUUUUUUUAUGAGAAUCCCAUUUUUUCAAGUUAGGCAAAAAAUUGUGAGAUGGUUUUGGGUCGUAAGCAACCUGCUAGCUACAAACCUUUUUUUUUUGGUGUCAUAAAUUGAGCUUUAUCUCAUUGGAAAUACAAACCUCAUCCCGUUCUCCGAAGCAAGAAAAUGACUUAACUGAUCUUCUCUACUCACUAUUUAAAUCCAUCAUGCCCAACUCAAUUUCCAUCAUCCUAAGUGCCUGCAACAUCAGACGAGCAAAGUUCACAGACAAGCAAAUAUGAAGAACCUAUUCUUGUCCAUGCUCUUUCUGCUCUCAUUCCUCUUCUUCCUUGGUGAGGCUACUGUUCCAUGUCCCGCUGUGGAUGCCAAGGCAGCGGCAUGCGUGGGAUUUGCAACAGGCAAGGAUGCUAAGCCCUCAGCUAAAUGCUGCAAUGGACUGCAGCAGCUUGCUCAAACUGUCAAAUCCGUUGAUGAUAAGAAAGCUAUCUGCCGAUGCUUGAAGUCUGGCGCCAAAUCACUCCGAAUUCAGGACAGGUUUUUGAGCAAGAUUCCUCAAGCUUGCAACAUCAAAGUUGGUUUCCCUGUCUCCAUCAACACCAACUGCGAGACGAUUAAAUAAUUAAAUUAUGAUGGAGUCGGGAGAAUGAUCCAUGAAGAAGCCCCGUCGCUAGCUAGUUUUGAGUUUUGGGUGAAAUAAAACGGAUAACAUCAAUGUCACUGUUGGCUUUGACUUAAAGAUGAUGAUUGAUGUAUUGAAUUCACAAGUUGUUGAACUUGGUUUAGUAGAAUGAGAUGAGUGCUUCAGUUCAUGCAUUUUGCCAAAUA